AUGGCGGCUUACCUGGGACCAGGACAGGGGCUGCAAACCCCCUCCUUUUUUGCGCCCGCCACAACUGUUGUAGUACGGUACAAGAUUUCUGCAAACUCGAACGCAUUCGGUUGCAACAACUUGUGCCCAGCUGUCUGCGCGCGGGCAAAGACCAAGAACAGCCGCGGCGGCAUUGUCCUGCGUGUGCGCGCGCCACUUGCAUCCAUCACUUGUUCUCAUCGUUUGCCGGCAGUCAAAGUUGCUGCGCCUCGCGCCUUGCCGUCAAGCGACUGGCCUUGUUUCUCUCCCUCGCUCACUCUAUCUCUAAUCAUGACCCUGCCCUACCUACCUUGUCCUGCACCGCUGCAUCGUUAUCAUCGUAUCCCGGCCUUCACCAUUUCUCCUAGGAACACUCCAUCAGCUCCGCUUCUGCCCUUUUUAUCCUUUUGCCGGUACCCUCGUCUUGGUCCACUCAUCCCCGCUACCUAG